AUGUGCUCUCAUCCCUUUAUCCCCCCCCACCUGUCCCCAUCCCUCUCCACCUGUACCCAUCCCUCCCCACCCGUGCCCAUCUAUCCCUCCCCACGUGUGCAUCAGCAACUGCAAGCCCUGCAGCCCUUUGGACUAGCGGGUGCCUCCCUGGCAAGUGCUGCCAUGGCAGGCGACAUUCAGGCGAGUUUCCUGCACGCAGCUGCCAUGCAAGGAGCAGCGCUGCAGAGCUUCCGGAGUGUCGGCAGCAGAGGGGGGGGAGACAGCAGCGGUAGCACCAACAGUGACAACAUCAGCGCCACACACACACGGCAGGCGAUUGGCAAAAGGGGCGCCCAGGCGGGGGGCGUGGGGGAGCAGGGAUGGCCGGUGAUGGGGGGAGUGAGGUGGAGGGGGUGUGCGGGGGACGGGGACUCAUGCCACACUGCCUCGGGUGGGUUCCCUGUGCUGCGUGGGUGCUGGAUGCUGGACGGUUGGGUGCUGGACGGUUGGGUGCUGGACGGUUGGGUGCUGGAUGGUUGGGUGCUGGAUGGUUGGGUGCUGGAUGGUUGGGUGCUGGAUGGUCGGGUGCUGGAUGGUUGGGUGCUGGAUGGUUGGGUGCUGGAUGGUUGGGGGCUGGAUGGUUGGGUGCUGGAUGGUUGGGUGCUGGAUGGUUGGGUGCUGGAUGGUUGGGUGCUGGAUGGUUGGGUGCUGGGUGCGUGGGUGCUGGGUGCGGGGGUGCUGGGUGGGGUGACUGCACACGAUUCGCGAGCUAGUCCAGCAGCCGAGGACCGGGGCAAGGGGGAGGCGGAGGGGGAAUAUCUGAUGGUGCAGCUCCGAGGGGGGCUUAACCAGAUGCGCGCAGGGGUGAGUGGGGCAGCAGAAACAGCCCCCACUGCCCUAUCUGCUUCCCCCCACUGCCCUAUCUGCUUCCCCCCACUGCCCUAUCUGCUUCCCCCCACUGCCCUAUCUGCUUCCCCUCACGGCCCUAUCCGCUUCCCCUCACGGCCCUAUCUUCUUCCCCCGACUCCCUGUUUCCGAGUGACCUCCUUUCCAUCUUUUACAUUUGCAGUGACCUCUGUUCCAACGAAGCUGCUGCAGCCGCCAUCGUUUAUCUCCCCAGCCCGUCCUCCUUUCUGCCCUUCCCCCUCUCUUCAUCUCCCCCGUGGUGGUGGCGAGGAUGCAGGCGCCAUCCCCCCUUCAUCUUCCCACCCCGUCCUACCCCCGUGCCUUCCCCACCCCGCAUCCUCGCCUGUGUGCUGGCAGAUCUGCGAUGCAGUGGUGGUGGCGAACAUGCUCGGGGCGACCCUGGUGCUGCCGCUGCUUGAUAACUCCUCCUGGUGGGCCGACGGCAGCACCUUCUCCGAUGUCUUUGACGCGCCUCACUUCAUCCGCACCCUCGCCCCCUCAGUGCGCGUGGUGCCACGCCUACCUGCCACGCUCAGAGACCUGCCCCCUGUCGUGCGCACCGUGCCCAAAGCCUCCUCGCCGGCCUAUUACCUGAAGCAUGUGCGCCCACUUAUCAGGAGGGCGCAGGUACUGACGCUGAACCACUUCAAGUUCAAGCUCAACUACAGCCUGCCUGCACCCCUGCAGACGCUGCGAUGUAAAGCCAACUACGAGGCACUUCGUUUCGUACCGGCAGUCACUCGAGCCAUCGCCCGUGAGAUGAGCAUGGGAGGUGAGAUGAGCAUGGGAGGUGAGAUGAGCAUGGGAGGUGGGAUGAGCAUGGGAGGUGAGAUGAGCAUGGGAGGUGAGAUGAGCAUGGGAGGUGAGAUGAGCAUGGGAGGUGGGAUGAGCAUGGGAGGUGAGACGAGCAUGGGAGGUGAGACGAGCAUGGGAGGUGAGAUGAGCAUGGGAGGAGAGAUCAGCAUGGGAGGUGAGAUGAGCAUGGGAGGUGAGAUGAGCAUGGGAGGUGAGAUGAGCAUGGGAGGUGAGAUGAGCAUGGGAGGUGAGAUGAGCAUGGGAGGUGAGAUGAGCAUGGGAGGAGAGAUGAGCAUGGGAGGAGAGAUGAGCAUGGGAGGAGAGAUGAGCAUGGGAGACACCCGCCACGUGGCAUGCGAGUGCAGGUACGAGCCUGACAUGCUGGCGUUUACAGGGUGUGACUACGGCGGAGGGGGGAAGGAGAGGAGGCUGUUUGAGAGGAUCCGAAAGAGGUGGCCGGAGCUGCCCAGACAGAACCCCAAGCAGCAGAGGGCCAAGGGCAAGUGCCUUGUCACUCCCUCGCAGGUGCGUUUCGGGUUACAAUUAAAAGGUGGCAGUGGCUCUACAGGCGCUGGGCUUCCCCCCUGCCGCGUGCCUGUGGCAGUGGCCCUAAAAACGUUAGGCUUCCCCCCAUCUACCCGCCUGUACAUCGCCUCGGGUGAGCUCCACGGGGGGUCCUCUGCGCUGCAACCUCUCCUCAAGGCCUUCCCCUUUGCCACUGACAAAUACUCCCUCGCUCAUUCCCUCGCUCCUGCUAGGGGGAAGGAGGGCAGGGUGGCCGACAGGGAUGUGUCAAGUAGUGCAGGGGGAGAGAGUGGAGCCGCGAAGGGUGCAGCUGUAGAGUGGGGAAGGGGGGGCGAUGGGGGAGGGGGAGUGGGGCGAGGGGUAUUGGAGGGGCUGCAAGGGAGGAAGACGCUCCUAGCGGCGGUGGACUAUGAGAUGUGCCGGCGAGGGCACAUGCUGGUGCUGAACAACAAUGGCAACAUGGCUCACUUGCUCUCUGGACAUAGAAGGUAUGACGGCAUGGUUAGCACGGUGCAGCUGUUUGGCUCCUCCAUCCUGCGCCUCCUCGCUGCCAUCCAGCAAGGCGAUGUGAAGAGCUCUCCUAUAUCCGUGUCCUUCUAA